CUGAAAAGUUGGAGUUUUAACAUUGAUUAAAGUUGAGGAAAAUAGAAUAUCUUAUUGAUGCGGUAGAUCGCCGUCCCGAUCGCCGUUUCUUUUUAUUCUUUUGAGACGCUGCGUCUCAUCGUGACGGUGAACUACCGUAUAAAUAUUCUAUAAUUUUAGAAUAAAAUAAAGGUUAGGUACAAUUUAAAGUAAUAUAAUGGCUUCAGGUACAAUAUUGCAGAAAGCUAUAGAUCUAGUUACCAGAGCUACUGAAGAAGAUCGUAACAAAAAUUAUGAGGAAGCUCUUAGGUUGUACGAAUAUGCUGUUGAAUGUUUCUUACAUUCUAUUAAAUAUGAAGCACAAGGCGAUAGAGCUAAGGAAAGUAUAAGAGCAAAAUGUACUCAAUAUUUAGAAAGAGCUGAAAAAUUGAAAGCCUAUUUGAAGAAAAGUAAGAAGAAACCUGUGAAAGCAGGUGAAGAUAAUUCUAAGACUGAAGAUAAGAAAAGUGACAGUGGAGACAGUGAUACAGAUAGUGAUCCAGAAAAGAAAAAACUUCAAAGUAAAUUAGAAGGUGCAAUAAUUAUUGAAAAGCCAGAUGUCAAAUGGAGCGAUGUUGCUGGUCUUGAUGGAGCUAAGGAAGCUUUAAAAGAAGCUGUUAUUUUACCAAUACGUUUUCCCCAUCUCUUUACAGGGAAGCGGAUACCAUGGAAGGGUAUCUUAUUAUUUGGGCCACCAGGCACUGGUAAAUCUUAUCUAGCAAAGGCUGUUGCAACAGAGGCCAAUAAUUCAACAUUCUUUUCUGUAUCAUCUUCAGAUUUGGUAAGCAAAUGGCUUGGGGAGUCGGAAAAACUUGUCAAAAAUUUGUUUGAAUUAGCUCGUCAGCAUAAACCUAGUAUCAUAUUUAUUGAUGAGGUAGAUUCACUAUGCUCGUCACGUUCUGAUAAUGAAUCAGAAUCUGCGAGAAGAAUAAAAACUGAAUUUCUAGUUCAGAUGCAAGGUGUUGGAUCAGACAAUGAUGGUAUACUAGUACUGGGAGCUACUAAUAUACCAUGGGUAUUAGACUCUGCUAUUAGAAGAAGAUUUGAAAAAAGGAUUUACAUUCCCUUACCUGAUGAACAAGCUCGCGUUAUAAUGUUUAAACUUCAUUUAGGAAGCACUUCUCACUGUCUAACAGAGGAGGACUUUAAAAAAUUAGCAGCUGCCACUGAUGGUUAUUCUGGAGCUGAUAUAAGUAUUAUUGUACGAGAUGCUCUUAUGCAACCAGUUAGACAAGUUCAAACUGCAACGCAUUUUAAACGUGUAAGAGGACCAUCACCAAAAGAUCCUUCUAUCAUUGUGGAUGAUUUAUUAACCCCAUGUUCACCGGGAGAUCCAGCUGCUAUCGAAAUGAACUGGAUGGAAGUUGAGGGUGACAAAUUGUAUGAACCACCUGUAACUAUGAAAGAUAUGUUGAAAUCAUUAGCGACUACACGACCCACAGUGAACGAAGAUGAUAUGACAAAGUUAGAAAAAUUUAAAGAAGAUUUUGGUCAAGAAGGUUGAUACUCAAAUUUUUGUAAUGAAAUUGCUAUAUACUUCCAAAAAUAUUUUUCGUUUAUACACGUACUUGUCUCAUAUGUUGUUCAAUUACCAACACUGCUAUAUGUAGUAUUCAUAC